GGGAACGCUAGGAAGUGGCAGCAGUGGCAGCCGCUUCCCCCUCGCUGACUCCCAGAGAGCCCCCACACCACCGACCCCCCCAGAUUUCCUAGAGAAGAAAAUCGAUGCCACGGUCCUCAAGGAGCCCCGGGGACCUGUGUGACCCGCCCGAGGAUGUCAGGCCCAGGAGAGGUCCCAAGAGGUGGAUGGCUCCAGAGCACGUCAAUGCUGCGUGUCUGCAAUGUCCCCUGAGACCCAGGCUCGCCUCAAGAAGCCGGAACGCCUGCAGGAUAACAGAGGACACUUUGUCAAACACGAGUGAUGCCUUCGUGUUGCCUAUCCGCAUCAAUGCCCCAGCCCUGGGCCUGACCCAGUGCCUGCUGGCGUGUGUGUCCUGGAUCACCAGCCUGGCCUGCUUCUUGAGGACUCAGGUUCGCCAGAUUCUGUUCAGUACCUGCAGAUGCAAGCAGUUCUUCCAGAAGCUCGUGGAAAAGACAGGUGUUCUGGUCCUCUGUGCUUUUGGAUUCUGGAUGUUUUCUAUGCACUUACCAUCCAAAAUGGAAGUCUGGCAGGAUGACAGCAUAAAUAGUCCACUGCAGAGCUUGAGAAUGUACCAGGAGAAGGUGCGGCAUCACACUGGGGAAAUCCAGGACCUCCGAGGUAACAUGACCCAGCUCAUCGCCAAGCUCCAGUUGAUGGAAGCCAUGUCAGACGAGGAAAAACUUGCCCAGAAAAUAAUGAAGAUGAUACAAGGAGAUUUUAUUGAAAAGCCAGACUUUGCCCUAAAAUCUAUAGGGGCCUCCAUCGACUUUGAGCAAACGUCAGCCACGUACAACCACGACAAGGCUCGCUCCUACUGGAACUGGAUCCGGCUGUGGAACUAUGCGCAGCCCCCGGACGUGAUCCUCGAGCCCAACAUGACACCUGGCAACUGCUGGGCCUUCUCCGGGGACCGAGGCCAGGUGACCAUCCGACUGGCCCAGAAGGUCUACCUGUCCAACCUGACACUGCAGCACAUCCCCAAGACCAUCUCACUGUCGGGCAGCCUGGACACCGCUCCCAAGGACUUCGUCAUUUACGGCAUGGAAGGGUCUCCCAGGGAGGAGGUGUUCCUGGGGGCAUUUCAGUUUCAGCCGGAAAACAUCAUUCAGAUGUUUCAGCUCCAGAACCAGCUUGCCCGAGCUUUUGGGGCUGUCAAGGUGAAGAUAUCGAGCAACUGGGGGAACCCACGCUUCACUUGCCUGUACCGAGUGCGUGUGCACGGCUCUGUGACCCCACCUAGAAUGCCCUAGAGAGCAGUCGAACUAGAGCCCCUACCCCAAGAGAGAUUAAAGUUUAUUCUUCACAGC